CUGACUCAAGCAGAGGCUAUUAUAAGCAGUAGACAGCAGCGGUACAGACAGACAGGACAGACGGACACAGAAACAGAGCUCUGUGAAUGGACGAGGGACACAGAGGGAGGAGAAGGGCCUCUGUUACCUAACUAAACCCGGAAAAAACAACAGCCAGUCUUUCCGAAGGAUUAACUCCCUGUCCGUGCUAACAUGGCCCUUCCCUCGGUGAUGAUAUUGCCCAUGCUAAUAGUCGUGGCAGCAGGAGUGUAUUACAUCUACAAUGAGGUCAUGCAGUUCAUGUCCAAGUGCUUAGUGCGAAACAAAGUGGUGGUGAUCACUGAUGCCGUGUCUGGGGUGGGAACUGAGUGUGCCCAUCUCUUCCAUAAGGGUGGUGCCAGACUGAUCUUGUGUGGGACUAGCUGGGAUAAGCUGGAGUCUUUGUAUGACUCUCUGACUAAUGACGCUGACCCCAGAGAGACAUUUGCCCCAAAGCUGGUGAUCCUGGACUUCAGUGAUAUGGACAGCAUGGAGGACGUGGUGGCUGAGGUGAUGGAGUGUUACGGCUGCGUGGAUGUGCUGAUCUGUAACAGCAGCAUGAAGCUGAAGGCUCCCGUCCAGAGUACCUCCCUGGAACUGGACAGAAACAUCAUGGACAUUAACUACUUCGGCCCCAGCACUCUGGCUAAAGGUGUUCUCCCAACAAUGAUCUCAAGAAGGUCGGGGCAUAUUGUGCUGGUCAACAGCAUCCAGGGAAGACUGGCUAUCCCCUUCAGAAGUUCAUAUGCUGCAUCUAAGCAUGCGGCGCAGGCCUUCUUCGACUGCCUGCGGGCUGAAGUGGAGGAGUACGAGGUAGUCGUCAGCACCAUCAGUCACACCUUCAUCAAUGCCUCCGACCCGCCGCCUGUCGAGGAGCCCGCCCCUAAACCAAACACCCUGUCUGCAUUUAUCGCCAAGCAGUUGACCAAUGGAGUGCGCCCGUCAGUCCUGGCUAAUGAGAUUGUGCAAACGGUGAACAGGAAGAGGAAGGAGGUUGUGCUGGCCCACCCCAUCCCCUGGGUGGCCCUCCACCUCCGCUCCAUCCUGCCCUCCUUCCUCUUUGCUGUGUUGGGUGCUGGAGUGAAGGACUCAGUCCUGGCUGAGCAGUAGAAGAAGAAGAGGCUGAAAUACACGAUGGAAUCAUACAGAGAUGUUCAAGAAAGCAUGGUUUUAGAUAUGUAAACGUAUGAGUUCGACAUGAGGAUGGAUCACUAAUUGAGAAAAGUGAGCAACUGCCUCGGGGUCCCAGACCCUCGAUGACUUCAGGUUCAUCAUGUGGAGAUUAGUUUGUGGUCAUUUAAAUAAAGUUAUAAUUCUUCAGGAAUUCAUGAAAUCAAACUCUGUUAUUCAGACUAUGUGUGACACUGGAUUAACUAAAUACAAAAAAACAACAAAUCAAAUAAACGGAAUAAAUAUU